AUGGAGGUCUACAAGGCUCCUUCACCCUCCCUUACCAUGAAAACCCCAAAGAAGCAGUGGCUAGAAGCACUGAGCACCUACCUACAAGUGCUCAUCUUUCUUUUCAUGGGCGUUUUCUUCUCCACUCUUGUCUUCCUCCUCCUCUUCACCUCACACUGGUUGGUGUCUGCUCUCUACUUGACCUGGCUCUACUUGGACUGGGACACUCCCAGGCAAGGUGGAAGACGUUCUGAGUGGGUGAGGAACUGGACAAUAUGGAAACAAUUAAGGGAUUAUUUUCCUAUCAAGCUGGUGAAGACCGCAGAGCUGCCACCCAACCGGAACUAUGUGAUGGGAAGUCACCCACAUGGGAUCAUGGCUGUAGGGGCCUUCUGUAAUUUCUGCACCGAGAGCAACACCGUCUCCCAGCAGUUCCCUGGGCUUAGACCCGUCUUAGUUGGGCUGGAUGGCCUCUUUCACCUCCCAGUCUAUCGGGAUUACAUCAUGUCCACUGGACUGUGUUCCGUGAGCCGCCAGAGCCUGGAUUUUAUCCUGUCCCAGCCCCAGCGUGGUCAGGCUGUGGCCAUCAUCAUUGGGGGUGCCCAGGAGGCUCUGAACACAAGCCCAGGCCAACACCACCUUGUCCUCUGGAAUCGCAAAGGCUUCGUGAACCUGGCCCUGCAGCACGGGGCCUCUCUGGUGCCUAUGUACACCUUUGGGGAGAAUGAUAUCUUCGAAGUUAAGAGUUUUGCUGAAGGCUCCUGGCAGUACCUGUUACAGACCACCUUCAAGAAGUUCAUGGGCUUUGCUCCUUGCAUCUUCUCAGGCCGAGGCCUCUUCUCGGCCAACUCCUGGGGCCUGCUGCCCUUCGCUGUGCCCGUCACCACUGUGGUGGGCCAGCCCAUCCACGUGCCCCAGUGCUCCAACCCCACUAAGGAGAAAAUUGACCACUAUCAUGGACUCUACGUGAAGGCACUGGAGCAACUUUUUGAGGAGCACAAGGAAAACUAUGGUGUCCCUGCUUCAACUCAUCUCACCAUCACCUAG